CUCUUCAUGUUGGCGCAACGCCGUCGUUUUGGCCUGAAUUGAAAGGCUCUCUCGCUGUUUCUGUCAGUGUCUCAUCCUGGUUCCUUGCAUUGCAGCAAAACCCUUAUUCUGCUGCAUACCCUCUCAGCCUCGCAAAGCUGCAAACUUGAACUUCCGGUUUGCUUGGUACCAUUCUUCUUCUUUCAUGAAUAUGGUCGUGAUUCUAAGAAGUGGAGGGCCCUCCUGCAUUCCGAGCCUGCCGUUUGCUCUUUUGUCCCCAAAAGCCAUCUCCUUUAGCUGUAGUUCUCUGUCAGUAUGUGGUUUUUGUAGGAGGAUCCUUCUGCCAAAUAAGUUUCCUGUCAACUGCAUGCUUAGCUCCCUAAUGAGCAAUGCCUGCAUGGGUAGAUUCUGCGGCACUUGCCAUAAAGCGGCUGCAUCACUAUAUCCAAGAAAAAGUCAUGGAAUUGGGAUUCUGAGAACCAUGUCCCCAUGCACCUCAACGGGAACCUUUCCAGCUACUCCACCGAUUGUUCGUCCCCCCUCAACUAUUGUGUUGGCUGCCCACAUUACACCACCGGAUGCUCCCCAACGUUCAGAGGAAUGGUUUGCCCUUCGCAGGGACAAGCUGACCACAAGCACUUUCAGCACUGCCUUGGGCUUUUGGAAAGGGAAUCGUCGCUUUGAGCUCUGGCAUGAGAAAGUGUUUGAAUCAGGAACAGAAAUUUUGCAAACUUCAAAAAAGUCUGCCAUGGAAUGGGGUGUGCUCAAUGAAGCAGCAGCUAUAGACCGUUACAGAAGCAUUACAGGCCGUGAAGUAAGUGCAUUAGGGUUUGCAACCCAUUCGGAGGAGAGAUUUGAUUGGAUUGGUGCUUCCCCAGAUGGCCUUCUUGAUUGCUUUCCAGAAGGUGGGAUCCUGGAAGUAAAGUGCCCAUAUAACAAGGGGAAGCCUGAGAUGGGUCUGCCCUGGUCAACUAUGCCAUUCUAUUACAUGCCUCAGGUGCAGGGUCAGAUGGAGAUAAUGGAUAGAGAAUGGGUUGAUUUGUAUUGCUGGACACCGAAUGGAAGCUCAAUAUUCCGUGUGGACAGGGAACGUGGUUAUUGGGAGUUAAUUCAUGGUAUUUUACGUGAAUUUUGGUGGGAAAAUGUGAUUCCUGCUAGGGAAGCUGUGUUGCUGCGGAGCAAAGAAGAGGCCAUGUCAUAUAAGCCAACAUCUACGCACAAACGGACAGGACUUGCCAUUUUUAAGAGCAUAAAGUUAGCUAGUGAAGCAAAGUUGUUGUGUAAGGAGAUUGCUGGUCACAUAGAAUUUUAUAGAUGAUGGGAAAAUUAUCUCUCAUUGUUCAUCCAACAUUGUUUCUUUUUCUUUUUUGAAAUCAAGAUAGCUUUAUUGCAUAA